AUGCCCAAGCGGAAAAGAGAGUCCGUGGUCGAGAACGGCCAGAAUGAGUCGUCCUCCGAUCAGGGACAGAAAGGGGGCCAGAAUCUGGUCGAGGUUCUUCCUGGCAUUACGCGCAAAAUCACAGCAUGCGCCGCCUGUCGCAAGAACAAGAUCCGCUGCGACAUGCCAGACGAUGGCCCUCCCUGCAUCCGAUGUCGUCGCCGGGGGCUGUCGUGCGUGCUCAACCGCAGUCUGCAAUCACUGAUCGAGGAUACCAAAAAUGUCCAGCUCCUGCAGACAGACGUCACCAACCUCCAUGAUACCCUCGACAUUCUCUGCCAACAGCUCGGAGUCGAAGGCCCCAAAGCGCUUCGCUCAAUAGGACACAACCGCGAGGGCUCAUAUCCCCCAGACAACGACCAGAACCGACCACAGCAGGAGGAAGAAGGCUGUGAAGUCUCGCCUCCAGAGUCUCCGUCCGCUGUGCAGGCCCCCAUCGACACAUUCCUGGACAUCACCAAGAUCCGCAGUCCGCAUUCGCAUUCAAUCGACUCGCCCGCCAGUGCGCGCGCCAGCCGGUCGGGGGCUCGAUCAGAUCUGAUCAGCAAAGGCAUCAUCAGCGCCACAAUCGCCGAGCGACUCGUCCAUCACUACUUCGCGCGACUCGACCACUAUCUCUACGGCAUCGGCGGGGAAUACCAGGGACUGGAGCAGUUACGUGCCAACGCGCCCAUUCUUCUCGCCGCAAUCUGCACGGUCUCCGCGCUGCACGAUCCCCAAGAACGCGCUGUCUACGAAGCCUGCAAUCGCGAGUUCCGGUCGCUGGUCGCAAAAUCAACUUUCGAAAAGCGAGACGUCGACUAUAUCCGUGCGCUCUGCAUCAGCUCGUUCUGGCUGGCCGACGCCUCGCGCAUCUUCUGCAGUGACGCCAUCCGCCGCGCGGCCGAUAUGCGCCUGCAUCGCAGCUUCGAUGCGCUGUUUGACGAUCGCACGGGGCUAGGCAGUGGGCCGAUGCAGUCUGUACCGUCGCCGUCAAUGCAGAAUCUGCCAGCGGCUACGGAUCGAGUGCGUCUGUGGUAUCUGCUCUACGUGUGCGACCAGCAUCUGUCGAUCCUGCACAACCGAGACUCGCUAUUACGGAGCGACAAGGGAAUCGCAGUUGGCUGGGAGCUGUAUCUCCAUCGUGCCGAAACCACCGAGUCAGACGUGCGCAUUCUCUCACAGGUCUCGCUGCUGUUGAUCAUGGGCCAGGUGCGCGACGUGCUGGGAUCGGACAACCAGACCCCCCUGCCCCCAGCCCUAGCCAGCCAGAUCCUCAACUACUCGCGCCAGCUGGACAAGUGGUACGCCAAGUUCUCUGCCUUGUUCGUGACAAACGCCUUCAUCGGCGAGUUCCCCAAGCGCGGCCUGCAGCUGCACUAUCAAUUCGGCAAGCUGUAUCUCGGCCACCAGGUGUUUAAAGGCCUUCAUGGCCGGCCCAUUCCUCCUCAUUUUCUGUCCGCUGCGACAAUGGCACACGAUACUGCAGUCGCCAUUUUUGAGAUGAUCCUCGGGGAGCCAGAGCUGCAGGAGGGACUGGUCGGGAUGCCGCAUUACUUUCACGUCAUGAUUGCCUUUGCCGGACAUUUAUUGCUCGAAGUCUGCCAGAACUACUACGAACAACUGGCCAUCAAGAUCCAGGACGACUUUCAGCUGAUAAACAGUGCAUUGAAUCUAUUUCGAAAUACGCAGUGUAUCCCCCAUCACCCUAUCUGGCGGAUGACGCCGGGUCUAAACAGAAAGCUGCACGACUGCGCUGCUAGUAUCGGCGUCCCAGUGCCAUCAGCAGUCCCUCUUGGGUUAAAUGCACAGGCGAUUCCAGGCCAGGAUGCCCUAUACUACCCUCCAGUCCCUACAGACACCUCGCAGCCACUAGACGAGCUGCUCUUCGCCGAUUUCGGCGAAUUCAACUUCCCAGACCUGACAUCGAACUUCAUGACAUAA